AUGAGCGGCUUGCCACGCACGGACUACAAGACAAUCAACACAUCACAUGCUCCCCAGGGAUCGGAACCAACUAAAUUUAAGACGGGUCACACACCCAUGUUUCUACCCAAACAGGCACUAUUGGCAGUGGUUACAGUGCUGCUCCUAUGUCCUUUGGGCGCAGACACUCGCGACACCAAUAGACACAACGGCGUAGCCUAUACCGCUCUAAGGCCCUUUCUGAGGAAACCGAAAAUUACCAAGCGUACAUCACGUGAGGAGAAGAAGAGGAGAUCGGAAUUUCACAAGCAACUUCAUAAGGAGCUCCGUUUGAAAUACUGGGAACGGUUAGACCCUGCAGUCAACACCGUUAUACAGUACAAACCAGAGCUUGAAAAACCAAUCGACCCGAAGAGGUCAUUCGUCGUUCAAGAGGUCAUACCAGAGCUCGUAAAAUUAGAGUCUCAACAGGUUAAUUGUACUCUGACGGCAGAGCAGUCGGAGGCGUUCGACCGACGGGCUGGUCUCCAGCUAAUUUGUGACAUCAAGGCCAUUUUCUCUACUAUCGCAGACACGAUAAACAAUGACGAACGAUAUAAUGACUUCAAAUUAAUGGCAACACAAGACCAGCUGCCAAAGCAACAAUCGGACGUUUCGUACAUUAUGUACCUGGUCAAGGCGCGUGAAGAGCCGAAGCCAUCGAGAGAGUGCCUUGAGUAUUGCGAACACCUGGCAGAGCUUGCUGACCAGCAACCCAUCAAAUUUCUGGCACAUUCGCUCUAUAUAAUCAAAGAUUGGCAUCUCGCUAGGAGAAACUUUUUAACAUUACUACGCAGCCAUCUUAGGCUAGUCAGGAGUUUUAAGUGCGCUUCGUUCGACAACGACUGCGACACCUUCCAGAAAACUCUUAAUAAAACAGCUAGGGAGUGGAGCAGGGGGGAAAAGGACACUUUCAUCAACGAGCUUCGGGUCGCGCAGGAGAUGGCGCAAAAGUCACUCACUUCGGCAAUCAUAUACCCCUACAAGGCCUCUCAUAGCGUUGCACAGCUAUGCGAAGUUACAGAAACGUGA